AUGUACAGCAUGAUGAUGGAGACGGACAUGCACUCCCCCGGGGGCGCGCCGGUGGCCGGCAGCCUGGCGGGCCAGCCCGGAGCGGGCGGCGGCGGGGGCGGCGGGGGCGCCAAGGCCAACCAGGACCGGGUCAAGCGCCCCAUGAACGCCUUCAUGGUGUGGUCGCGGGGCCAGCGGCGGAAGAUGGCCCAGGAGAACCCCAAGAUGCACAACUCGGAGAUCUCCAAGCGGCUGGGCGCCGAGUGGAAGGUCAUGUCGGAGGCCGAGAAGCGGCCCUUCAUCGACGAGGCCAAGCGGCUGCGGGCGCUGCACAUGAAGGAGCACCCGGAUUAUAAAUACCGGCCCCGCCGCAAGACCAAGACGCUGCUCAAGAAGGACAAGUACUCGCUGGCCGGCGGGCUGCUGGGCGCCGGGGGGCCCGGGGGCGGCCCGCCGGUGCCCAUGGGCGUGGGGGUCAGCCCGGGGGGCGUGGGCCAGCGCCUGGAGAGCCCCGGAGGGGGCGGCGGAGGAGGCGGCGGCGGAGGAGGCGGCGGAGGAGGCGGCGGGGGCUACCCGCACAUGAACGGCUGGGCCAACGGCGCUUACCCGGGCUCGGUGGCGGCGGCGGCGGCGGCGGCGGCGAUGAUGCAGGAGGCGCAGCUCGCCUACGGCCAGCACCCGGGCGGCGGGGCCCACCCGCACCCGCACGCCCACCACCCGCACCCCCACAACCCCCAGCCCAUGCACCGCUACGACAUGGGCGCCCUCCAGUACAGCCCCCUCUCCAACUCGCAGGGCUACAUGAGCGCCUCGCCCUCGGCCUACGGCGGCCUCUCCUACGGCGCCCAGAGCCACCAGAACUCGGCCGCGGCGGCGGCGGCGGCAGCGGCGGCGGCGGCGGCCGCCUCGUCGGGGGCGCUGGGCGCGCUCGGCUCCCUGGUCAAGUCCGAGCCCAGCGUCAGCCCGCCCGUCACCUCGGCCCACUCGCGGGCCCCCUGCCCCGGGGACCUGCGCGAGAUGAUCAGUAUGUACUUGCCCGGCGGCGACGGGGGGGACCCGACGGCCGCGGCGGCGGCGGCGGCGGCGGCGGCCGCGGCCCAGAGCCGCCUCCACUCCCUGCCCCAGCACUACCAGGGCGCCAGCACGGGGGUCAACGGCACGGUGCCCUUGACGCACAUCUGA